GUACAAUGUAUCAGUUCAUUUGUUAACUUGCGAGCAUUAACAACAGCUAAAAAUUAAAUAAAAAUGAUCUCAAAGGUAUUGUGUUUUGCCGCCCUUCUGGCCGCUGCGGCCGCCCAAUAUGGUCACGACCACGGACAUGGACACGCUUACUCCUCGCAGAGCAUCCACCGUCACGACGGCCCCGCCCACGAGGUGGUCAUCCACGGACAUGGUCAUGAUGGUCAUGGUCACGGACACGGACAUGUCGAUUACUAUGCGCACCCCAAAUACGAGUUCGAAUACAAGGUGGAGGACCAUCACACUGGUGACCACAAGUCUCAGCACGAGUCCCGCGACGGUGACCACGUGAAGGGAUACUACUCGCUGCAUCAGCCUGAUGGCUCCAUCAGAGACGUGCACUACCACGGUGACAAGCACUCCGGUUUCCACGCCGACGUGAAGUACAGCACCCACCACAUCGUGCCCCAUCAUCAUCAUCAUUAA